AUCGUCCUACCCCUCAUGAAAAUAUAAGAUGGCACUAAGAGAGAGAAUAAAUAAGAGCGAGAUAAUACAUUCAGGCGCGGGAGCAAGCGUUAGGCAGUCGAGUUAGAACCGCAAACAAGAACGGACGAAUAAACGAAAGUAAGGAAACCAUCAGAAGAUUACUGCUUGAAAGAAAUCCAUCAACGGGGAACUCUACAAACUGGCGCAGCCGGUACGAUUUUCGAUGGAUUCGAGUAAAAUAUUCAAUUUGGAUCCAUUCAACGAUUCCGUUGACGCAUCAAAUUUACGAUUGGAGUGGGAAGAGUGGCAUAGAGCAUGCGAACUACUUCUAGAAUUGAACGCUAUUGACUCGCAACAUCAUAAGUUAAUAUUUAUGCUGGCUCGAGGUGGCAGAGGCCUACAAAGAAUAUAUUAUAAUCUUGCCCCUGUGACUGGGGAAGCCCAACCAGGUCCAGUAAAAAUUCCGUAUGCACCCCGAGAAAUUCCCGAGUAUGAUAAUGCUAUCAUGCGGCUCAAUGCGUUCUUUAUGGGAAAAUGUAACGAAAGAGUCGAGCUUGAAGUAUUUCGUUCACUCAGGCAGUCGACCGGAGAAUCUUUCAAUCGAUUCGUUUUAAGAUUACGGACCCAAGCAGCACGUUGCGACUUCCGAGAUCGUAUGGAGAAAGAAUUAUUACAACAAAUUACAGUAGGGGCCAACGAUGAAAGAGUCAGGGAUAAAGGAAUCGAGAAUAUUAUGAACCUAGACGAAAUCGUGAAUUAUGCGCUAAAUAGGGAAUUACUGCAAAAGCAGAAAGAGAAAGCGCAAACAAUCAGACUAGAAUCCGAUGUCGUAGCAUCAGUAAAGCCAAAUUGGGGAAGAAGAAUGGAGUCAACGUUUUCACACAGCAAGCUGGAAAGACACGAUAAACAUGCCAGAAAUGAAUGCGAUCGCUGUGGUUCGUGGAGGCACAACGGAGGAUCAAAAGAAUGCACCGCGCGGAACGCGACCUGCAAUAAAUGUGCUGGUCUCGGACACUUUGCUAGAAAGUGUCGAGCAGGUCGGAACGCACUAUCACAGUCCCGGAGAACCUGGAAUAGAUCCUACACAGCCAAUACUUUGGAAAAUGGAUCUAACCAAGAGAUGAAUCGUUACGUUGACAAUAAGGCACCUUCAAAGGUAGCAUAAGUUUUUUAUAGCAUGUUGAUUUCGAUUUAUAAUUUUAUAGUAAUACAAAUUGUUUCCUUGUGAAAAUUGCCACGAAUAAAUGAAUUCUUUUAUGCACAUAUUGAUCUUUUUCUUAACAGAUGAGCAGAGCUACCGAUGGAGUUAUCAUGUGUUAUAUAGACCAUGUACCAGUGGAGUUCUUGAUAGACUCAGGUGCAGCUAUCAAUACAGUUACCGAACAAGUGUGGGCGCAAGUUUUGAAUAACAACGCUAAAAUUUAUAAGAAGAAAUUUCAAUGCGAUCGACAAUUUAUGGCAUACGCUAGCAGAGAGCCACUGCAUGUGUUGGCAAUUUUCGAAGCAUGGAUUUCCAUCAAUGAAGAAAAGCCUAAAAACUACGCCGAAUUUUUUGUUGUCCAAAGUGCCCACAGAUCUUUGCUUAGCAAAAGAACGGCUGAAGACUUAAAAGUAUUAAAGGUUGGGUUAGAAGUCCAAAGUAUCGAAAUGAACAAGCCAGCAUUUCCCAAAUUUCCAAAUUAUCAAAUCAAAUUGUCAAUUGACCGCAACGUAGUACCAAGGAAGAUAGCGUAUCUAAGAAUCCCUGCCGCGAUGGAGGAUAAAGUCAACCGCAAAAUUCAAGAAAUGUUAGAUACCGAUAUUAUAGAGCCGGUUCGUGGUCCGGCAGAAUGGAUCUCACCAAUGGUAGUGGUACCUAAGGGAACGAAUGACAUACGACUGUGCAUAAAUAUGCGUUACCCAAAUCAAGCCAUCCAACGGGAACAUUACCCUCUUCCACUAAUCGACACACUACUAAAUAAAUUCAAAGGAGCGACCAUAUUUUCCCGCUUGGAUAUUACUUCCGCAUUCUAUCAUGUUGAGCUACAUCCAGAGUCGCGUGGAAUCACUACAUUUAUGACGAGUAGAGGCCUAAUGCAAUUCAAACGUCUAAUGUUUGGUAUUAACUGUGCCCCCGAAAUUUUCCAGCGUGUAAUGUGCGAAAUGCUGGCGGCAAUCGAUGGAGUCGUAGUAUAUAUAGACGAUAUUAUCGUAUGGGGGAAGGCUCAGGAAGAACACGACGAGAGGCUUGAAAAAGUAAUGACAAUCCUAAAAAAAAAUCAAGCGUUACUCAACAAAGAA